AUGGCGCCCACCAUUAGCCUCGUUUUUGGUGGCCUCGCCGCAACUUACGUGUUUCUCCGCGUGUUGUUGAGCUUCACACAAGACAAGAGAGAGCCGCCCGCCAUCCUGACAGAUAUCCCGUUUAUUCAGCCCUUGGUGGGCAUGAUCCGGGAAAAGUCCCGCUUCCACAUCCGUCUGAGGGACGAACAUCGGCUGCCGAUUUACACGCUGCGGCUGCCGUUCCAACGCAUGUACAUCGUCAACGCCACGGAUCUGAUCCCCGUAAUCCAAAAGCAAUGGCGUCUUAUCAGCUUCGCUUCCAUCGCCGCCGAUGCUGGCAACGUUGUGGGCAUGAGCAAGGGGGCUGUGGAAGUCAUGAAGCGCGACCUAACGAGUGAGCACGGCUUCAGCACCAGCUGGCCCAAGUUCAUCAUGCCGGCCAUGGCCCCCGGUGCCGACCUGGACGCCAUCAACCGCCGCGCCAUUGAGGUCUACGUUGCCGAGAUGGCCAAGCUACGUGCCUCAAGCGGUGCUGACCUGAAGUUCGGCCUGUGGCAGUGGUCUCGCAAGUUGAUGGUGGACUCGACGACAGAAGCGGUUUGGGGUCCUCAAAACCCUUACCGGGACCCCGAAGUCUCUGAAGCCUGGAGGCUUUUUGAGACAGGCUUUCUCACGCUAUCGAUGUUCCCAAUGGCCUGGCUCUUCUUUCCCAAGUUGCACCAAGCGCGUGAGAUUGCUGCCAAGGCCAUGAUCAAGUACAUGCGCAAUGGCGGCUACAAGGAAGGAUCCGGCCUUGUUCGCAAGAGAGUCGAGCAUCACGGCGAGUUGUUCGGCCUGUCCACCGACGACAUCGGCCGUGGAGAGCUUGGCAAUGCGUUUGCGGUCCUCGGCAACACGACUCCGUGUGCGCUGUGGGUACUGUACCAGAUCUUCUCAGACAGCCAGGUGCUGUCCGAUGUCCGUGCCGAGCUUUCUGCCCUUGUGACCGAGGGCCAAGAUGAAGACGGCACCCCGACCAGCUCCCUCGACCUUGCCGCUAUCAAGGAGGCCUGCCCAAUUUUGCUGAGCACCUUCCAAGAAACUCUGCGCUUCCGUGCGGUGAACCCUGGCCCACGUGUUCUUCUCGAGGACGUUCUGAUCGACGCCGGUGGCAGUGAGCCUCUUUUACUCAAGAAAGGGGCCAUGCUUAUGACCCCGGCUCUGGUUCAGCACAGCGACACCAACGCUUGGGGUGACGACGCAACCCAAUUCAACCACAAGCGCUUUGCACCGCAAACACUGGCGCCGGGGGAGAAGCCUGCGAAGAAGCCCAACCGUGUUGCCUUCCGUGCAUUCGGUGGCGGCCACGUGCUGUGCCCCGGACGGCACUUUGCGAGCACGGAGAUUCUGUCUCUUGCCUCACUGUUGGUCCUGCAGUUUGACAUUGUGCCUGUUGCGGGCAAGUGGCCCACGCCGACGUGGGAGAACUCCCCUUUGCAGGCUGGGUUCCCAGUCAUUGACGAGGAUAUUCCCAUCGAGCUGCACCCCCGGGACCCGGAGCGUAAGUGGCGGGUUUCGUACUCGGGGACGGAUAAGGCGAUGGAUAUCGUGUCGGAAGAUAUCGACGCGGGAGGAAGGGGAGCACUUUAG